UUAAGUGGGAUUGUACAUUAAACGCUAUUCCCACCUCUAAAAGCUUUAUUUUACAAAGACUGCGAAUAGCUGUGCUACUGGUUUCUGUUAAAAGCGUAAAAUACUCCUAGAUCGUCGCGUCUUACGCUCUUCGUACUGCGAAGAGUAUGCGCAUGACGUCACAGCAGGCGGAAGUCACUGUAGUCACACCAGCUGAGUAGCAAGAAAGACUGAGGGGCGGCGUUAGCGUUCGAUUCGAAUGCCGCAAAAAACACAUGUAAAAUGGGAAAGAGCUGUCGUGCGAUUGAUUGUACAAAUAGAUUUAACACGAAAUAGGAGCUGUCUUUUUAGAAAUUGCCAAAAACUAAAUAAGUAAGUAUAGGACGUGGAUCGGUCACGCAUGGCCGAUACCCGAUCCGUCAAAUAGAUCUGGAUCGGCGCCGAUACCGAUCCGAAUAUCGGAUCGGUGCAUCUCUAGUUAUAAUUAUUACUGACGAGUGUCUCAUUGUAUACCCUGGAAAGACUGUGUUUCUCUCCCGUUCAGUUAUUCCUUCUUAUAUGGAUUGCUGCUAAUGUGCUGUGUUAUGUUACGGGUAUAGCGAAUUUUACCAAUGUUAAGGCGAUAUGGUACAUUAUGCUUUAUGUUAGUGUGCAUAGCCGCAAUAGCCAUUGCAAGUACUGCACUAAUUUAUUUUACCUGUUUGUAUGUAUGGUUCUAUAAGAAACAUACAUGCUUACCUACCUACGCACUUUCCUCUGAGUGUACAUACAACUGACUGCAAGUAGGAUAUGCCAGAGUACAGCUAAUUGCUCCUGCUUGAGAAAGUGCAUCUGGAGUAAUACGGUCAUCAGACCCCCCCGUCUUGUCUAUCCUGAAUCAUGACUGAUAUCCCACAGACAUUUCUCGGCACCAUGACGACCAUGUGUCAGACCAAUCAAGGAGCAGCACAUCAGAAUGACCCCGUCGUAUUGGUUGCUGACCCUGGGUGCAUGGAGCAGGAGACAGCACGUCCUCUGUCCCAAGGCGGGCAGCAUGGUGGAGGCACAAGUCAAGCAGGAGGAGGUGGACGCAGAGCUGAAGCCCGUCUGGACCAAAUGUGAGCAGGAGGAGGCGGCCUGGUUGGAGGUGAAGGUGGAGGACACAGAUGUGCCACUGGAUCAUCUGAAGGAGGACCAGGAGGACCACCCAGCACUUACACACCUGCCCCUGGGGCCCAGAGUGAAAGGUGAACCCCCCCAGAAGGAGAAGACGGGAGGGGGGCAGGAGGAUGAGGAGAAGCCCACCCUGCACCAUGACUUUCUUAAGCAGGACCCUUCGGGGGACGUCUGUGCCAUGCUUCUGGCCGAAGCGGAGCAGCCGGAAGCAGCGCGGGCCUCGGAUUUGCAAGUCGCACCACUGGACGCCCCCAUUGUCGGGCGAGAUGGCAAGCCACCAGCCUCCCUGCCCUACACGUGUGGAGAGUGUGGCAAAGCCUUCAACCGUAAGGCCUAUUUGCGCAGGCACCAGCGGCUGCACUCUGGCCGCACGGCGUACCGCUGCAGCCAGUGCGACAAGAGCUGCAAAGACGCAGCAGCGCUGCGCAUCCACUGGCGCACGCACACCAAGGAGACGCCCUACCAGUGCGUGCAGUGUGGAAAGAGCUUCACGCAGCGGGGCAGCUUGAAGGCGCACCACCGCGUGCACACUGGUGAGUGCCCCUUCUGCUGCGCCACCUGUGGUCGCAGCUUCAACCAGCUGGGCAACCUGCGCCGGCACCGCCGCAUCCACUCUGGUGAGCGACCCUAUGUCUGCCAGGACUGCGGCAGAAGCUUCCGGGGUCUGCGGCAGCUGGAGACGCACCAGCGCAUCCACUCAGGGGAGACGCCGUAUGCGUGCCCCACCUGUGGGCGGAGCUUCAGACAGGCAAGCGGCCUGGCGAGACAUCGGCACCGGCACUCGCAGGAGGCACCCUAUCGCUGCACCGACUGCGGACGCAGCUUCCGCAGCUCAGGGGGCCUACGCAAGCACCAGCGGGUCCACUCAGGUGAGACACCGUACCACUGCAGCGAGUGUGGCAAGCGCUUCCGGCGACUGCGCUCGCUGACGCUGCAUGGGCGCGUGCACAGCGGGGAGCGCCCCUACACAUGCAUGCAGCCGCAGUGUGGCAAGGGCUUCAAGCAGCUGGAGCAGCUGAAGGUGCAUCUGCGCACGCACACCAAGGAGACGCCGUACCACUGCACUGAGUGUGGCCGCAGCUUCAGCCAGCCGGGGAGUCUGCGGGCACAUCAGCGCACGCACAGCGGGGACCGGCCGCACCGCUGCACCGAGCCCAGCUGCACACGCGGCUUCCGGCAGCCAGAGCAGCUGUCGGCACACCUGCGAGUGCACCAGAGGGACCAGUCUGCUGGCGUGGGGCACGACGACCCGCCUCGCCCGGGCAAUGAACAGUCCGUCACACAGGACUAAACCUCAUUAGAAAAAGCACCAUGUAUCCAGGGAACGGCGAAGCGCAAAGUACAUGCAGUAUUCACACUGGCCACCUGGGGUCAGCACGUACUAUGUUUUUUUUUUUUUAAAUCGGAAUAUUAUUUAAAUUGUCGCCGUUUGCGUUUAGUGCCAGAACGGCGAAUGGCACCGAGAUAUUAAUAUCGGAUGUUCCCGUGAACUGGGCACACUUUAACCAAUGACAGACUCACCAGUGAACCGACUCGUAUCCAGUUAGGGAUGCGCGAGUGUCUCGGAGUGGCUCACUCCUCUGCUCCGCUCGCUUGCUUUACUUACAGUGAUCUGAAGGCAGGGCAGCAGCAUGUUCCUGCCUUUCUGAGAUUUUCAAACCUCAAGCCAAAGUCAAAGUGAACUUUAUUGCCAUCUUUCCAUAUACGAGUAUACGGGAAAAAUGAGAUGGAUAAGCUCAGAAUCCACAGACACACUAUGUGUAAAAUUCAAUCAUAUGUAUAAAUAGACACAGUAGUCAAGAGAUACUAAAGCCAAAAGCUGUGUAUCCUAGACAGGUUCAACUGCGACAAAACCAUAAGAAAAUGUGCCCGAUCUUAAAUAUUGACGCCGAAUUUUACUUCCUAUUUUUCUUCAUCGGCAGAUAUAUUCGCUAAUUCGUCUUAAGGUAUACCGGAACUGUGUAGAAAUAUCAUGCACAGGAAGAAUAAAAUCAUUUCAAAAGUGUA